GGUUCGAGCUUGGGACCGAUCCUGUGCCCCACCGGCUCCAACUGCCCCUCGGCGCCCGGCUGUGACUCCCGGUAGCUGGCUCCGCAUCUCAGGCCUCCCGAAGUGUUCCCGGGAGGGGCGGAGCUAAGUCGGGGCCUACCCCUGGGCGCGCCUCUGCUAGGCUGGCCCAUGCGGUCGGCCCCGAGCCUUCGGGGACCUUUUGUGGGGGAGGGGCGAAUCCUGCAAUCCCUAAAUGGCCCCAUCUCUAGAGAAAGGCAGUGCGGGGCCGUGGCAGGGUGAGCGGCCGCCCGGAGCUGAUAGAAGCCCGGGAAGAUGGAAGAGCUGAGUCAAGCCCUGGCUAGUAGCUUCUCUGUAUCUCAAGAUCUGAAUAGCACAGCUGCCCCACACCCCCGCCUGUCCCAGUACAAGUCCAAGUACAGUUCCUUGGAGCAGAGUGAGCGGCGCCGCCGGUUAUUGGAACUUCAGAAAUCCAAGCGACUGGAUUAUGUGAAUCAUGCCAGAAGACUGGCCGAAGAUGACUGGACAGGGAUGGAGAGUGAGGAAGGAGAAGAAAAGAAAGAUGAUGAAGAAAUGGACAUUGAUACUAGCAAGAAGUUACCAAAACGCUAUGCUAAUCAAUUGAUGCUGUCUGAGUGGUUAAUUGAUGUCCCUUCAGAUUUGGGGCAGGAAUGGAUUGUGGUCGUGUGCCCUAUUGGAAAAAGAGCACUCAUUGUGGCCUCCAGGGGUUCCACCAGUGCUUACACCAAGAGUGGUUAUUGUGUCAACAGGUUUUCUUCCCUUCUGCCAGGAGGCAACAAGCAAAACUCAACAACAGCAAAAGACUACACCAUUCUGGACUGCAUUUACAGUGAGGUGAAGCAGACCUACUAUGUUCUGGAUGUGAUGUGCUGGCGGGGACACCCUUUUUAUGACUGCCAGACUGAUUUCCGAUUCUACUGGAUGCAUUCAAAGUUACCAGAAGAAGGACUGGGAGAGAACACCAAGCUCAAUCCUUUUAAAUUUGUGGGGCUAAAGAAUUUUCCUUGUACUCCUGAGAGCCUGUGUAAGGUGCUGUCUAUGGAUUUCCCUUUUGAGGUAGAUGGGCUUCUCUUCUACCACAAGCAGACUCACUAUAGCCCUGGAAGCACUCCUCUGGUGGGCUGGCUGCGCCCGUACAUGGUGUCCGAUGUCCUUGGCAUAGCCGUGCCGCUUGGCCCGCUGACCUCCAAGCCAGAAUAUGCGGGGAUCCAGCUGCAGCAGAUUAUUGAGCACAAGAGGAACCAGAAGGAGGGUGUGAAAGAGCAGCUGGCCCACAAGGCCUCUGACAGCAGCCGCUAUGAGCUGGAGCACCUAUCUACCCCCAAGCUCAAGGGCGCCCUCCACAGCCUGGAUUGCCCCGGGAAUCUGAUGGACAACUAACUGCAGCCCCCUUUGGGAGUCACAGGAUGGUGCUUGGUUCCAGAAGGAAGGUUGGAGAGAAGGACAGUGACGACAAUAAGUGACUUCAUUUUACAGUGGACUUUCCAAAGCCACUCCAGUUGGACACAGCUUAUAUCCUGUCUGAAAUGCUGGCCCAAACAGUUCGGGGAGGUUCCCAGAUUAGUAGGUCUUCGGAUUUGAGCAACCCCUGUAAAAAUGUAUCCCAGAUCCACAAUGCAAAUAUAUAUGAUUCUUAAGAAAGAACCUGUGAUUCUUAAACUUUAGACAGUCAUGAAUCUCCUCCAGCUGCACCCCCAGGCCACUUAAACCAUGACUGUUCAUGUUUUGGCCCAUUUCACUGUUUUUAGCACUUAAGCAUUCUGCUGAAUUUCCAGUUGCUGCUGUUGCUAACGUCAUUUUCUAAAAGUUCUUACCAGGAACUGCAAUUCUUGGUAUUUGACAAUGUUCCCACUUCUGAGAAAACAAGUGUGAUUUGCUUUGGUUUAGACAUUGCCAGAGAUAAAAUGCAAAUGGAGUUCACUCACCCAGACGGUUGAGCUGUAGAGUGGGUUAUGGAGAUGGACAGGUCCUGCCCUUGAAGAGCACCCCAUGAGAAUGAGAAAAUAAAUCCACCAGCUGCACCCAGAGUGCAUCCAGGUAGUGAGAUGGUUGCUUUAGUGCAGAAAGGCACAUAGAGCCUGGGAACUGGGAAGAGCAGGAGGAGGUUCCACAGAGGUCAUCAGAAAUGGGCCAAGGCUCAGAGGGGGACAGAAAUGUGCUGUGCAGACGAAGAGGGGAGGACUUUCUCACAGGCAGGAGGGUAUGCGGCUGCAGCCCUACAGAGCAGGGCAUGACGUGCUCUGGGGCCUGCAGGGGUUCAGCAUGGGUCAGGCAUUACACAGGACUGGAGGCCUGUGGGAGAGGACGCUUGAGAGAGAUGGGCCUAAUUAUGUUAUGCAGAGGUUUUGGAUUUUAUGUCAUGGUUGAAAGGGAGCCAGUGGAGAGCUUUGAGCAGGCAAGAUGCAAUCAGUUUGUGAACUAGAGUUCUUUGGCAGCUGUGGGAGUGGAAGGAAGAUGGUGUCUGCUGUGUUCAGGAAAUGUGUCCCAUUUCCCAUGGCUGCAGUCUGCACCCCACACUGCUUUCCACCUUUCUGGGACUUCUCUUAUUGGACAAAAGGACAUGACUAUUCCAGUCCAGCAGCACUAGCAUCCUAUGGACAAAAUUUCAGAGGGAUAUAGGUCGAUGCUGUGUGACAUGCCAUUGUCCCUUUGUGUUAAUUCUGGGACCAAAUCUGGGCAGGGGUUGUGCUUGAGUGGAGCCUGAUCAUACAAAUUCAGCACACCAGUGGGAGCAGCCUCAGUGUGGAGCUCUUAGAGGGCUGCUCAAGUGACUCCAGAAAAUCCGCAACCCCUCCCGCCCCAGUAGUGUUCCUGCAGGCUGUAGAUUUCAGCAUGCCUACAUCAGUAGGCUCUUUCCUGAACUCUAAUAAGGUCAGUUCUGCAACAGGAGCAUCGUGCUCCUCUUGCCCACGUGCAUGUUGUGGGCUGCCCUAGGCAGCAGCCUCCUGUAUUGUUUCAGGAGCAGUGUGUGUUAGUAGUAUUGAGAUUUGGCUGGGCUCUGCCCAGAAAUAAUCAGAUCUGGAAGGACUGCUUCCCCAAAUGACACACACUGGGGAAAGAUGCAUGAGUCAAAAAACAUACAGCCAAACUUACGACCAGGCACAACUUGAUACUGUUGAAUGAUAUCUGGAAGGAUAUAUCUCAGAGGAGUGCCCCUUAUAUUUUUAACUGAGGAGCCCUGUAUUAUUGAUUACUGAACAGAGUGUAUCUCCUGGUCACAUUUCUGUGUGAAAUGUCACCUAUUUCAAAGAUGGCUGUGUUAUAUUGUAGGUUGCUGUGAUGGAUAUUUGUUUUCUGGGCACACUUCUGAGCAGCUCCGUUUUUUUUUGUGGAAUUCUCUCUUCCCCAUGCUCUAUGGUCUGGUGGGACUGUAAUUUGGGGGAACUGCCCUCUCAGCCAAGCAUCAGGCUCAGGCCUCAAGGUGGGUCAAUCACAUGCCCCUCACCAAGAGUUUGUGUCUUGAGCAGAGAAACAAAGGGAGUGAAUAGUAGGAAUGCAUUUAUUCUGCCCACGGAGGGGAAAGGGUGUUACUUUUUCUUGCUAUGAAACCUGUGAACAUCUAGUAAAGUCCAUCUUGUUUAAAGUA